UAGUAUUGUAGUAGUACUUCAGUUUUAUGAUAAAGAGAACUUCAUCACUCUCAUCCUCAGAUUCAAGAAAGAGAGGAGUAGAGAAUGGAGAUGAAUGGAAGGGAAAAGAAUGCAGAGAAUGGAAUUGAAUCAGAAGAACAAAUGAGUUUGGAGACGAGUAAUAUCAAGAAAGAAAAGAAUGAUCAAGGAGCAGAAGAAAUGUCGGUAGAGAAGAUAUUUGAGAACAAAGAAGUGCCCUCAUGGAAAAAGCAGCUGACGGUGAGAGCAUUUGUGGUGAGUUUUUUCAUGUCAGUGAUGUUCUGCUUCAUAGUCAUGAAGCUCAAUCUCACCACAGGUAUCAUACCAUCCCUCAACGUCUCAGCUGGACUUCUGGGCUUCUUCUUUAUCAAGACUUGGACAACAUUACUUGAAAAAUCUGGAUUACUGAAGCAGCCCUUCACCCGUCAAGAAAACACUGUCAUUCAAACUUGUGUUGUUGCUGCCUCUGGCAUAGCAUUUAGCGGAGGUUUUGGCAGUUACCUGUUUGCCAUGAGCGAACGUGUAAUUAAGCAGUCAGAAGAAGGCAAAGCUGGAUUCCAAUACAAAAACCCAACAUUGGGAUGGAUGAUUGGGUUUCUUUUUGUAGUUAGCUUCCUUGGCCUCUUCUCAGUGGUGCCUUUACGCAAGAUCAUGAUUAUAGACUUCAAAUUGACAUAUCCAAGUGGUACCGCCACAGCACAUCUUAUUAACAGCUUCCACACUCCUGAAGGGGCCAAGCUGGCUAAGAAACAAGUAAGAGAACUGGGCAAGUUCUUCUCCUUCAGCUUCUUGUGGGGUUUCUUCCAGUGGUUCUUUACUGCUGGUGAUGACUGUGGAUUUGCAAGCUUCCCAACAUUUGGUUUAAAAGCAUAUAACUACAAGUUUUACUUCGACUUUUCUGCAACCUAUGUUGGCGUGGGAAUGAUUUGCCCUCACAUCAUAAACGUAUCUGUGCUGGUUGGAGGAAUUCUCUCUUGGGGUCUAAUGUGGCCUCUGAUAGAAACGAGGGAGGGGGAUUGGUACCCAGCAGGCCUAAGCCACAACAAUCUUCAGGGACUCCAAGGUUACAAGGUGUUUAUCGGCAUUGCUAUGAUACUUGGUGAUGGCCUCUACAACUUUUUCAAGGUGCUCAGCCGAACUGUAGCCGGUUUAGUUACCAAAUUUCACGACCGAAGUGCUAGCAUGCAUAUCCCAACUGUUGACAGUCCAUCUCCUACCAACAAACCUCUUUCUUUUGACGACCAGCGCCGCACUCGACUCUUUCUGAAGGAUCAAAUACCAACCUGGUUUGCUUGUGGAGGUUACAUUGCCAUUGCUGUCAUCUCAACUCUAACACUUCCUCACAUCUUCCACCAGUUAAAAUGGUACCACAUCAUACUUAUCUACACCUUUGCACCAGUGCUUGCAUUCUGCAAUGCAUUUGGUUGUGGGCUCACCGACUGGUCACUUGCAUCAACGUACGGAAAGCUAGCCAUCUUCACCAUUGGAGCUUGGGCCGGUACUUCACAUGGUGGAGUUUUAGCUGGUUUGGCAGCAUGUGGAGUCAUGAUGAACAUUGUUUCCACAGCUUCUGACCUAAUGCAGGAUUUUAAGACCGGAUAUUUGACCUUGGCUUCACCACGUUCCAUGUUUGUGAGCCAAGUGAUUGGCACUGCAAUGGGAUGUGUGGUAGCGCCUUGUGUCUUCUGGAUCUUUUACAAGGCUUUUCCGGAUCUUGGUGUGACCGGAACCACGUAUCCGGCCCCCUUUGCCACUGUCUACUAUAACAUGGCUAAACUCGGAGUUGAAGGCUUUUCAGCCCUGCCAAAAAAUUGCCUCAAACUGUGUUAUGCAUUCUUUUGUGCAUCAAUUCUCAUCAACAUGAUUAGGGAUGCUGUGGGAAAGAAACGUGGAAGGUAUAUUCCACUUCCAAUGGCGAUGGCAAUUCCAUUUUACUUGGGUUCAUAUUUUGCCAUUGACAUGUGUGUUGGGAGCCUAAUUCUCUACAUCUGGCAAAGGAUAAACAGGGCCAAGGCUGAUGCUUUUGCACCGGCUGUGGCUUCAGGCUUGAUUUGUGGAGACGGCAUAUGGACUCUGCCUAAUUCUAUAUUAGCUCUGGCUGGGGUGAAACCUCCUAUCUGCAUGAAGUUCCUGUCCAAGGGCACAAACAGUAGGGUAGAUAAGUUUUUGGCUCCUAAGCCUUAAUCUGAAAUGCACUUUAAGGACUGCAAAUGCCAGUUGAAUUAAGUAAAGGUCUAUGUACAUUCUUCCCAUCUUUCCCUUCUUUCUCUUUGUUUUUUUUUUUUCAUUUUUUCCUCUUCGUUUCCGUGGUUAUAGCAAGACGAUGUAAUAAAGCAGUAUUUAAUGGGAAUAUCAGAGAUGAGAUGUUUCCCUUUUU